UGAAUAUCACUGUAUAAAAAGAAUUUCCUAUUGUAUGUUCAGUGUGUUUUGAAUUUAAUUAAACCUUUCCUCGGAUAUGCUGAAGGACAAUAAAAGUACUAAGACUACUAUUCAAUGGUAAGUAGUAAUUUCUGUAUUUCUUAACUGAAAUAAGCUGUUUCAACCGAAGGUAACGAGCCUAUUUACUAAGCUAUUCAGCUGUAUGUCAUCAUACUUGAUUUACAAUGUGUAUACAAUCAUUUUAAUUCAUAGGAAGUGGCCCAGUAAGAUAUCAGUUACUUUCACAUCAUACACGGCAAAUGAAAGUGUAUCCAAUUGUUGUUGUUCCUAGUGAUCAUCUUCAAGAAUGAAAUAACCAAGUAGUGUUUUUUAAGUGACCUACUACUUUUUUAAUAAGGAGACGUAACUAAACGCACUCAGCUACCUUGUGAAUAUUCAUGCAAUAGGCAAUGAGACACACUCAUUGUGUGAAGGUAAACCAGCAGCAGCCUACCUUUCUUACUUUUGGCACUUAUCACCACAGUCUAUCCGGAACCGUUGAAAAAUUGGAUUUCCCUCAUUGGUUCAGACAUGCAUCCUUCGAAACUGAAAUGAGACAUCCUACCACUAAGCUACUGAGGCGAUGAAUGAUUCUUUUUAGUGAUGAUUCGGUUUUUGGUAAAGAAUCUUUAGCACAAGAAAUAGUUGAGACAUUUGGACAAGCCAAAUACUAUGGAAUUCAUCGUACAAUAAAUGUUGGUGAUUAUACUUCAGCGCAUAGUAUAUACAAUGCAGUGAUUACUUUGCAUCCUGAACGUAUUGGUCAUGGACAUCGUAUUCUUGAUAACAAUGAUUUAUACAAUUAUGUUGUCAAUGAGAAUGUCCAUUUUGAGUUAUGUCCAUCAUCAAGUGUUAUAACCGGUGCUGUAAACUCUAAGAGUUCAGAAAAACAUCCUAUACACCGUUUUAUUGAAGACAAUGUGAAUUUCUCUAUCAAUGCAGGUGAUCCAACAUUAACACAGAAAUGGAAUUUAGAUGAGGCUAAAUAUUGUCUCAGAGAAUUGGGUUUGAAGCAAACUCAAUUGAAUAAAGUAAAUAUCAAUGCAGCUAAGGCAGCAUUCAUUAUUCCAGAAGAACGCACACUUCUACUAUCUCACUUGAAAAGUAGAACAAGGAAUAGAAUUAUCAAAAUUUGAAUAUGAAUCUAUAAUUUAAUUUGUUCAAUGUUCAAUGAAGUUGUACUUCUGUGAAACGUUCAUUUUUUUAAAAAUUUUAAUUACUUCUAACCAUGAAUUUGUGAUUAUUUUUAAAAUAUAUUUUUUUGAAAGUAUAAUCAAAAAAUGAAAUAAGUUUUCUUCUAUAAAGCUUACUUUAUUCAAAUAUUUGCCAAUAAACUUUGUUUUGCUAAAGUGAAUUCCCAUUUAUUGACGUUCAAUUUUCAAUUUGUUUUGCUACUUGUGAAGGGUAUCAAUACUUUGACUACAAAUGAUGAAGUUGAUUACAAUUUCUGUUGUUUAUUAAUCACAUUUUCAAAUCUCAGCAAAUUUUUAUAAUUUUUAUUUGUUUCCAUAAGUUUUAUUCUUUCAUGUUUAUUGAAUCUCAUCUUAUAACUUUCAACAGUAAUUAUCCGUGAGUACUAAAGGGAAAUAUCAAGACAGAUGGUAUCAUUUUUACAAUAAACUUACGACACUUUUAACUCGGUC